UGAACGUUGGUAUUCCCGAUGGCCAUCGCCAUGACCAACCUGACUCCAUUGGCCUCGGGUGUGGGCACGCCCCUCAUAUGGUUGUGCACUCAGGUGGAAUCCCUUCAGCGUUUGGUGGUUGGGUUGCUCACACGAGUAGCGGAUUUGGAGCGUGAAGUGGCACCCAUGAAAAAUCACAUCGUCGGAGGAGGAUGCGUGCAACCAGGGUGGCGCCAGUCAAAAGACGAAGAUGUUGAUGGAUUAAAAGACGCGGUCACAAAGUUGAUGACCCUAGUCCAAAGGCUGGAAUACCGUUUGCCCCCACCUUUGGUCGAGCGCCGUGACUGCCAUGAUGUUCCCAGUGAGGAAAGAGGGAUGUUCGACGAUGCAGAGGAAUUAUUUCUGAAGAGCCCAUUGGCGGCUCCAGCCGCCAACCAGUUAGAACUGCAAGGGCUGCUCUAUGCUGUGGCAUUUGGGGAAGAAGCUGAGGCCUUGAUGUUGAUCAACAGCGCCGAUGCCCUCAACAGUGAAGCCAAGGUGCAACUGGAUGUGAAAGACUCCACGGGCCGCACGGCGCUUCACUGUGCAGCAUCUCGGGGAUCUCAAGCAGUGACAAGGAUGCUGCUGGAUCAUUCCAAUUUUGUGCGCUAUAUCAACAGCCCAGAUCGGUAUCUUAGAACGGCCUUGCACAUGGCAGCACGGGCUGGACAUGCAGAUCUUUGCAGACUACUCUUGAACCAUCGGCUCUUUACAUCCGCAAGCGCGGUGGAUUGCGAUGGCCAAACAGCUCUGCACCAUGCUGCAGCUGCAGGGCAUGAAGAAGUUUGCGCAGCUCUCCUGGAACAUUCCGAGUUCACAGUCCGUGACACACUGGACUGUUUCGGACGAAUGGCCUUGCACUACGCAGCCCGUGGUGGGCAUCAGGAGGUCGCAGAAGUGUUGCUGAAAGACGUCAGUGAUUUGAAUGAAGUUUGGGCGCAAGAUUGUGACUGUUUGACACCCUUACACUGCGCGGCUUUCCGCGGGCAUGCGGCUUUUUGCGAGAAGAUCUUGAGCCAUAGCAGCUUUGCAGAGAUGUGCAGAGGAGGUAAUCUUAAUCUAUCGAUGCUGCCACAUGUGCAAGACGAUGUCCGCUUGGUGUUUAAACGUGCGUUGGAAGAUGUGGGUUUGUCAUUGCCACCUUUGGACGCCAAUCACCAUGAUUCACCGAAAGCGGUGGAGGAGAACAGGAUCCCAGUCGCAGAGGAAGACCCUGCGAUUGAAGCAAUUGAAGCAAGAGCACCGAGGAGUUCCAGCGGCACUCGUGAUGCACCUGUAGGAUCAGUGGAUGCGGCACUGAAAGAGAUAUUUUCUGGAUCACCUUUGCUUGCGAUUCACCAUCAGUUGCAAGUUGCAAAUGUGACACCGUUGGAUUAUUUCAAUCAGCUGGAUCAAGACUCUGAUGGUCGCCUCACGCUGGAUGAGCUUGACAAGUGUUUGCGGAGCAUCGGGUACAAAGCGACCUUCAAAGAGCUCCAAGAGUUGGUGAGUCGCCUGGACAGAGAGACGGACACGGUAGCCAUCGUGGCCUUGGACCGAGCCGUGAAGCUGGAGGCCGCGGAAUACGAAGCACGGCGCCGGCGAGAGCUGGAAGAAGCAAUGAGAAGAGCAACAGGUUUGGAGAUGGAUGAUCCCAACCUGGAGGAAGUACAUCCGGCCAUCCUGGCCCUGCUUCAGCAUCUCAAGGACUCCAACAUCCGGGUGUUUGCGUUGUUCCGGCAACACGAUCAGGAUGGAAAUGGUGUUUGGUCAGCAGCUGACCUGAGAAAUGCCCUGCAAAGCGCUGGCUACAAAAUUCGCGACGAUGACGUGGAAACCUUAAUGGAAAUGAUGGACUCUGACCGCAACGGCUUCAUUGAUGUGAAGGAGUUGGCACGAGCACUCCACCGAGCAGAGUUGAGAUCCAGUCCUUCGGGGCAGGAUGCUGUGAUCGAGGUGGAGUUCAUGGACGCCCUGCAGGAGAUCACUGCGACAGCUGCAUUGGUGGCCAUCUAUGAGCGCUUGGAACUCAACAAGCUUCGCACGGCUGAGUUCCUAGAACUCUUCGAUCGAAACAGCGAUGCUUAUUUGACACCUGCUGAACUUCAACGAGGAUUGCAGCAGAUUGGCUAUGAGAUCAGCCAACAAGAACUGGAUGCACUCGUCUUCCUGCUCGAUGUCGACAGGGUUGGCAUGCUGAGUGUCAAAGAGUUCGAGCAUCGCGUGAAGAAAGCUGCCCUGGAAGCCUUAGAGGCGGCAAAACAUCGCGUGGCAGAUAGCCCUACGGACACAUCCAUUCUGGAUGUUUUGCACAAGGUGAACGCUGGCCUGCGCGCGGGCAAGAUGACAGUCUACGGGCGUAAGAUCCACGAUGGACAUGGUUUCUUCAAAGCCAUCGACAAAGACGGCAGUGGUUCCCUGGACCCCGCGGAGGUUCAACGUGGCUUCCGGCGCCUGGGGGUGGAUGUGUCUGAUCAUUUGCUGCAGCAACUGACAGAUGCCAUGGACACCAACGAGAACGGCAAAAUCGAACUAGCAGAAUUUAUCCGUGCGCUGCAUGAUCCUGAAAGCGUGCAGAAGAAAUUCAGCAUGGAAGCCGCAUCCCUAUUGCCUCCAGCUUCUUCUCAACGCGGAUUGUCCGCUGUGCACGGCCCGGCUCGAUCCAGCUUGAAAGAUGCAGAACGGUCAACUCCCCCGCGACGGAGCCCAUUUGGUCCAGACAGUCGCAGAGAAUCUAUGGCGGCCAGAAGCUUGGAAGGCCAUGGCAGGACCUCUCUGAAUCCAACAGCAGGCCGAAGCUCCAGCCCAAGGACCUCUGGAUUAGGGAGUCUCAGCAACAGCCCCCGGCCCAGGACAUCUUUGGUGCAAAGCAAGGAGAAUACAAGCGUUGCCGCUGAUGCGGGUGUUUCUGUUGAUGCACUGGGCGCCUUGCGGUUGAUUCACCAGCAGAUGGGGAAGGGCCAGCGAACUAUUGAUUUGUUCCGCCAGUUUGACAAGAGUGGUGAUGGGUCAAUCGGCAAGAGUGAACUCCGAAAAGGCUUGGAAGAAAUGGGCGUGAAGAUCGACCCAGCGUCCUUCAAAGCUUUGAUGGGAUACCUGGACCGAGAUAGUGAAGCCACCAUAAGCCUCAAAGAGCUUGACAGAGGGAUCAAGGAAGCGAUCAAGAAGAAAGAUCCCAAGGAAGACAAGAUCGAUCGUGCACGCUGGCCUGAGUAUGAGCUAUUAAAAGAGAUCAACAAAGCGCUGUACUCAGGAACCCAGAUUAUCUUCGGGAACCGUGUCACAGACAGCCGGAGUUUUUUCCGGGCCAUCGACAAGGACAACAGCGGUGAGCUGGACGUGGCCGAGUUGGCCCGUGGCUUGAUGAAGUUGGGCAUCAUGGUGGACGAAAGUUUGAUGAAAGAACUGGUGGGCUGCAUAGAUAAAAACGACAGCGGGCUGAUUGACAAGGAAGAGUUUAUAAAGGCUCUGCAAAAUCCUGAAGAACUCUUAGCCAAGCCCGAGGAGAAGAAGGAGCGUCGUGUGAUCGAAGCAGGGAGCAAAGAAGAUGCCACCAAAGCGUUGGCCAAGAUCCAUGAGCAGAUGUCCGCCUCUAGGACGCGGACCACGGACUGGUUCUACAAGAUGGAUACCAGCAGAGAUGGCAAGAUUUCCCGAGCUGAACUGAAGAAAGGUUUAAAAGAUAUGAGUUGCAACCUAAGUGCUUCGGACUUGAAGGCGGUGCUCCAAUACCUGGACGAUGACAACUCGGGCAGCGUGAGUCUCCAGGAGCUGCAGAAGGGCAUGAACCGUGCGGUACGCGAAGUGGCCGAGGCCCAGGCCAAAUUGGAGCCGCAGGUUACGGGGCCGGCAACCAACGCCUAUGAAGCCUUGGUGCAGAUCAAUGCAGCGUUGAGAAGCAACACUCAGAUGAUACUUGGGAUGCGCGUCACUGAUGGCCGAAGCUUCUUCAAAGCCAUGGACAAAGACACCAGCGGCAGCCUGGACGUCGCCGAGGUGGCGCGGGGCCUGAAGCGUUUGGGCCUGGACGUCUCAGAAGCCUUGCUGGAUGAUUUGGUCGCAGCCAUUGAUGUGAACAAAAAUGGCCUCAUUGAGAUGAAGGAGUUCGUGCACGCCUUGAAGCUGCCAGAUGAUGUUGCAGAUCCCAAAGCGGCUCCGGCCGUAGCUUCAGCACCAGAUCCUGAGCCAGCUGCUGCCGAACCAGAUCCUCAAGCAGAUCCUCUUCCACCCGAAGCAGCACCAGCUCCCCCUGAAGCCAACUCAGCUAGCGUCGAAGUGGAAGACACCACCAUGGCAGGCCUUGCAAAACGCGCUUCCCAGGCUUCCAGGGCCUCUCAAGGUUCCAAGGGUUUCCAGGCACAGGCGCAGAUGGUUGAGAGCCUCGAGAGCCCUGGGGUUGUUGAGAAGGUGAGGUCCGCUUCACGGUCCCCCAGAGGUUCAGCGCUUCAGGCGCUACAGGAUCAGAGCGCCACACAGCCAGGACCCGAGGAAACACCUGCAGAGGCUCCAUCAGCCCAAGAAGUAGCCUCGAUCCGGGAAGCUGCAGCCACACGGCCGGAAGCUGCAGGCACACGGCCAUCGGUGACGCCACGGAAAUCUCAGGCGAAAGCGGCCAGCAGCUCUGGUGGUUUGUUGAGCCGGGCCUCAAAAGCUGUGGGUGCAAUUACUGGUGGGAGCAGUACCUCCGCCAGCCGUCGACAGACGCAGCGCACCACACUAAACCGUGGAUCGCCGUCCCCUCGACCUCGGAGCACAACUCGGGGCUCCACUUUUCGAUGAUGGCAACCGAGAGUCAGGAAGAAAUCUUUGCCGGUGAUGUGGAGCUUGCGGCUGUGCCAUUCCAUGUUGCAAAACUGCAGGUGGACUUUUGGCAGCUAAUGAGAUCACAGCAUUUUCCGGUGCGGGAUGCGGAUGUAUCCUAUGCCAUCGGGCUGUUAAUGAAGAGUGGAUGGUGGUUUCAGAUUGCAAGUGUUUCUUAC